UGAGGUAAUACACCUCGUGUCACGUGUGUAUUUACUUCACUGAUAUUUUACUAAACGUUGCACAAAUAAUUGUUAUAUAUACGACGUAGAGAAUUCACUACAUUCGAAGCACAUAACCUGCACAUGUCGAUAAUUUUGGUUAAAUGAUUAACGAGGAAAUUAACGGGUUUUGACCCGCCUGUAUCGAGGUCAUCUUUCGCAAUUUCAUUCGAUUUUGUUUUUGUGUUGGUGUGUAAGUGAGCAGUUGUCACUACUCAAAGACAAUUCCUAGUGGUAACUGCUUUGAACUUUGACCUGGGAUUUUGACACUGAGUUGUUUUAUUGAUGAAUUUACACGAAACAUCCGCAAGCAUGCUUUUCAUAUGGAAAGCGGAAAUUCGUAUGUCGUCAGACAAAAUGGCGGCCUCCAUGGAAAUUUAGAAUUUUGAUACAUUUUAACGUAUUUUUGGACAAUAUAUUUCGCAAAAUGGUUGUUGUUCAGGUGGAACUGAAGGAUAAUUACGGAGAAAGCUCAGCCGCCCUGAUGACGUCAGACCGGGGAACCACUGGGGGCGCUGAGUUAACAACAACACCGGUCCAGUCGGCAGAUUAUUUGGUGCAGUGGGAUGGUUCAGAAACUGUCUUACAGUUUGAGAAGCCAGGAUUAAACCCUAAUGCUACAGUGUACAAACCUGCUGAUGUCCAGUGGGAUGUAAAUGUUAAUGUUAACGAAUAUAAGUAUACAAAUGGAGAUGUAGGGACAGGUGAGGGAGGGGUGGUGACUCCAACACAGACACCCCUCCCAGAGGCUCCUUUGGAUAAUGCCAUGGGAUAUAAUUAUGAGCCAAACCACAAUAUAGAUAAUGGUGAAGACCCAUUAGCAGGAAUGGAUGCUGAAGAGCGCAAACGACACAUGAUAAAAACACAACUAGAGGCUUGUCUUUCAAGAGAGAAUCUAGCCAGUGAUAGAUAUCUACAGUCACAGAUGGACGCUGAUCAGUAUGUUCCCAUAGCAACAGUGGCCCAAUUAGACCAGAUAUCACAGUUGACAAAGGACCUUGAACUUAUAAUUGAGUUAAUCAAAGAAUUGCCUAAUGUCCAAGUCCAUGAAGAUGGAGAAAAAUGCCGACCCAAUCAUAACAGGUGUACAGUUAUACUGAGAGAAAUUCCAGAUGACACACCUUUAGAUGAUGUGAAGGGACUAUUUAUGAGUGAGAAGUGUCCUAAGUUUGCUAGCUGUGAGUUUGCUCACAACAGUAACUGGUUUGUGACAUUUGAGUCUGAUGCUGAUGCCCAGAGUGCCUACCAGUAUUUGAGAGAAGAGGUUAAAACUUUCCUUGGCAAACCUAUUAUGGCAAGAAUAAAAGCUAAACCUCUGAUUAAGAAUACACCAUAUCCAAGGAAUGGUUACAACCGUUAUCAACAACAACAAAAUCAGCAGCAGCAACAACAACAACAGCAGGCUCAACAGCAGCAGCAGUUGAUUCAACAACCCCAACAACAACAGCAGGCUCAACAGCAACAACAACAACCGACAGAGGGACAAGGACCACAACAAACACCACAGUUUCAAGUGCAACCCCAAGUCUCACUAAUGUCAAAUAUGUCAAAUAUAUCAAAUAUACCUAACUAUAGUCAGCAGGCAAUACCAUUCUUUCCUAAUCCCAUGAUACAGUGGCCAAAUAAUCCAUUAAUGGAUCCAAGCAUGGUAAGAGAACAUGCUAAUUAUCAACUUGGGGUGCUAGCUAUUAACGGAUACCAGGCAACUAGUGUCAAGUUAAACACACAACCAAGGACUCCAUUUGGAAAUCUGAAUAGAAAUAAUCGGAAUCCAAGACAGAAUAAUCGCCUUGGUAACCAGGACAGAGGUCCUUUAGACAACCGCCCUAGUCAUGACCGACAACCACAAAGUCAUCGCACAAGUCCACGGAUGUCGGAUAACCAACCGAUCUCAGGUCAUCACUCAUACCAAAGUCAAAGUCGACGAACCCUGGACAAUAAUGCCAAUCACAGUCACAUGUCACCAGUUAUAGAUAAUAAUAAUAUACCUGCAGGCAGACAAUCGGAAAUUCCAAGCAGAUACAAAAGUAGAAGAAAGCCCCCACUAAAUGGUGGUCCAAAACUAAAUAAUAUGAAAGACAAACCAGAACCUCAGUUUGACUUUGAAAGCAGCAAUUUUCCUCCGUUAGGAGGAGGACCUGGUACCACAAGUGCUUCAACAUCAUCCACUUCUAAUGAAGUGUUUGAGAGCAAACUUUCUGACGUUGUGAAAGGAACUGCCAAGCCACAAGCUAAACCUCAAACCAAUGCAUCCCAACCACAGCCUGUGAGUCCAGUCGCCCCACCGAGGCCAGCCACACCUCCUCAACAACCUCAGAAAGACCACUCUAAUAAUUCCAGUAGUGCUAUAAAUGGAACCUCUGCAAUAUCCUCCCAGAGUAGUACUCCAACGAGGGUUCCGUCGCCUCCACCUGUCUCCCCUCAAAAGUCUCAAAAGACUGCUAUUGUUGAACCUCCUCAGCAACAGAAAGUAAUUGAGGUUGUUCAGACCCCUGUUAAAGUGACACCAGUCUCUUCAACACCAGUCAAAACGGCUGAACGUGAACGGGCCAUAUUUCAGGCUGAUAGGGAAAGGCCUUCUCCAGCCAAGUUAUCUUAUGCUCAAAUGGUGCAGAGAAAGGGAAGUGAGAAGGAGGAAGGAAGCGGUGCCGAAGGAAAACCAGACGAUCUUAGUGACAAUUCAGGAAAUGAAUCGCCUCAGUGUUCCCGUAAAACUCUUAAAGAGCAAUCGCAGACUCAAAAACCUGCUCCACGUACUCCAUCAAAGGAGCAUGGUCGCAGGGAGUUUGAACCUAAAGAACAGCGACACGGAGGGGGUCGUAGACCUGCCAAGGAAAAUCGUAUUGACAGGAGAGGAGAUAGGCGUCGUAGUGACAGGAAUGACCGUGAGGGCUCUAGAUCAUCAGUGUCGUCUGCUAAGUGAAAAGUGGCAUGAAUUUGAUGGCAGCAGACACAUAAAAAACAUUGGCAAAAUUGUUUUUGAUUUCUGUGAUAAGGGAUAAAAAUGAAACCAUUUUCUGAAGAAGAUUUUGUAGGAGAAAAUAUGAAUUUGUAGUGUGAAGAAGAGAAUUUGCUGCCGAUUGUCAGAAACUUGAUAUUGAUAAGGACUGGUUUUCUGUCAUUGAUGGUGGUUAUGGGUAAAGUGUUUAGAAUAUAUGACCAGAUCAUGACAUUGGUUUUGAACGAGUUACAUCAGGGCUAGAUGCUGUAUACUUGUUUUGUUCUGUCUUUCUUCUUUGUUAUCUUCUCUUUUCUUUCUUUCUUGAGUAAAACGCUUUUUAUCAAAUUUAAAAUUUUUAAUAUGCAAAAUUGUACAUAAUUCUUGAAUAUGUAUAUUUUGUCUGAGCAAAGCUGCAUGGAUUGGAAGAAAUUUAAGAAGUUUUAUUAUAUAAGUGCAUUCAAAUAGAUAGCUACAGUUUUGUACAUAUAUUUUCUCCAUAAAAAUCUUUCGAUAAUUUAAAAUAUUUCUAAUUAUGCUCCCAGAACAAUUUUUGCUGAUGUUUCCCCAUUAGAUUACUCUGCAUUAUGUUUUAUACAAUAUUGCCUAAAAAACCAUAGACUGAUAUUUUUAAAAAUCAGGGUCUGACUGCAGUGGACGAUGGUCAGAUUUUUAUUGACCUCAAUCAAGAUGAGAUGGCAAUUGAUGAAAGAAUGGCCAUUAAUUAAAUAUGUUUGGUGCUAGCUCUGCAGCAAUAUUGGUUAGACUGGUAUUGGAAACAUAAAAGUGAAGGAAAUCAAAAACAGACAUUUCCUAGAGUUCAGGAAUUGAGAUGUUUUUCUGAACCGGAGAUUGGAAAUUAAAUGUGAAUUUUUGGAAAAGUUUUUUUCCUGGUAAAAUUGUUGACUGAUCUCUGUGAAUGCAUUAAGUAUUACAGUUUCUAUAAAUAGAAGUGUCUAUAAAUAGAGUUUCUAUAACUAGAAGAGAAACUUUUUGUUCAGAGUUGGACAUUUGUGCCACAGACUCUUUUAAAACGUUGUGAUGACAUGUUGAUCGGCCCCCACAAUUAUAUAUUAAUUAACGUGGGGAUAUUUUGUAUAUUGGAACUGUAUUUUUUGCUUGUUGCUUUAAAUUUAUUGUGUGUAUAAUGAGAAAUGGUGAGAAUGAAUGAAUAUAAACAUUUGUUGUUUUAUUAUUGUUGUCAUGGUUACGAUGGUGAUAUUAAGGAAGUAAAAAAACAUAUUUUUACAACUGGUUCAAAUAAAACAUAUGGCCGAGUUUGUUUCUCAGGUCAAGUUGUUGUGUUUUAUUAAUAAUCUCAGAACUUUUUGAAAGUUGAAAUAAUUUUAUGAAAAAAGAAUUGGAUGAAUCUGUGAUAAUUGUUUUUGGAAAGGUUUUAUAUCUUUAUUUAAUAUUAAGAUCAAAGAAAUUAGAAUGAAUGAUAGUGCUGAUUAAAUUAUUGAAUAUAUCUGCUUUUAAAAUGGUAUUCAUUGGUGCAUAUUUAUUUCCAUAUAUGAUGAAGCAGUUCUACAAGCGGAAAGUGAGCCUUAGCCAUGGAAAAUGAACAGUAAUAGACAAAUUUCCUUUAAAAGUUGUUUUAUAUUAACAAUUUUGAAUAAUGUCUAUAAUUGAAAACUGCAUUUAGUUGUGAAAAAGUAAACUAUAAUAUUCAAACAGUAUAAAUUUUCAGAUAUACUCUAAUAACAUUUUUAAGUUACACAAGUGCAAAAUGUAAGAUAUCCCAGUAGAGACAUUUCAAAGUUUGUAAGGAAAAGACAAAUUCUUAAUGCUGUAGCAAACAUAUCUAUAUAUCUUUACGGUUUCUUGUUAAAAAAUUCAGAAGAAAAAAAGUGUUAUUUAAAGUAAAAAAUGUAGUGAUUUGGAAAUUGAUGUCUGGCACACCUUUUCUGGUUCUAUCUAGCCUCAUUUUAUAGGUACUAAUCAAAAAUUAUAAUGCUUUUAUGAGAUCUUGUAUACAAAUAAAGACUUUUAAUGCAAUACUAGAUGUUCUGAAGUUUCCAAAUAUCAAAAAAAAUUAAGGCAGUCAUUUGUGUGUUAUAAGGGAGAUAACUCUAUUUAAAAUCUUGGAAGCUUGAAUUGGUAGUUGAUUCUGUGUUUAUCUGAACUAAUAUCACCAUCGUAAUCUACUGUGUUUUUGUUUUGGGAGAAAUUGCACAUAUUGAUCUUGGCACAUGUCAAUCAUUUGCAUGGGUGGAGUCUAAUCGGCUUAUGAUAUUUUUUAAUAUUUAGAUUUUUUUUGUAAUUUGCACACCUUAAUGUUAAAUUUAUGUUUAAGAUUUAUUAAUUAUGUAUUACUAUUUAUGGUUUUGGUUUUUUGUUUUCUUGUAUUUUUUCAUACUUUUGUCAUUUUAUUUCAUCAUGAUAAAAAAAUAUCAAGAAACUCACAGUAGACUGAUUGACUGUUGAAAUUGUAAUUUAAUAAUUAGUUAUUGAAUAAUUUGUCAUUAAAUAUUACUCAGAGAACUUUAAACUUCAUCUUGUUAUCAUAAUAAUCCCAUAAAUGCUCAAUUGUGUUGAUGAUUUUUCAUUUUUUCAAUCAUGAUUCUUUGACGGGAUUUUAAUUCGAGAAAAAAAAUGCUGAUUUUCAUAAAUUAAAUAAAGAUUUGUCUUCAUAUGAUUUGUUUCUAGAUAAUAAACAAUCUUCCAUUGAUAAUUUGUUAUUUAAUGAGCAAACAAAAGAGGUUGAACAGAUACAAGUAUGCAGAAAUGGUAGAUGCUUAUUUUAAGUAUUUUUUCAACAAUUUUUUUUGUCAGAUUGACAAGCGGAAUACUACUGAAAAAACUUGUUUAGCUAAAUCGACCAUAUCAUGUAGAAGUCUUUUAAACUCUGUUGAUUAAGAAAAUACUAAAUUAUGUUCUAAUUGAAAUAAAAAUAGCUUACUAAUAAUUAGUUGUGUGUAGUUUUAUUAAUUUUUUUUAUGAUUAAAAAAUCUGUUGAAAAUUAUUUUUUUGCAGGAUUUUUUUUUUUUUUUUCUCAAUUGAAUCUAGGAAAACCAAAAUAUGGCGGUACAGUAAUUGUGUUCACAGUAGUGUAAAAUAAUAGCUUUAAAUGUGUUUCUUUUGGUUAAAAUAAAAGGUUCAACAUUUAAUUUUGAUACUCCAUGAUGUAGUUAAGAUAUUAAGAGACAGGAGCUUCCUUGUUCGACUAUCUUUCAAGUUUGUCCAGUAUCCAAGUACGAAUUAACGCUUUGUCUCACAAACAUUCUCUUCUGCUUUUUAGAUGAUUGAUGCUGUUUUCUGAACGGAUUUAUCUUUUUUACAAAAUGACUGCCAUUUAUGUACUACUGUCCAUGUUCCACAUUUAAUUUCCAUGAGUAAAAUCAUAUCUAGUCUCUGGUCUGCAUCCUAUCAAGAUCAUUAAGUCUUCUUGAAGUAUUGAACUGAAAGACUGUAGAUCUUAAGCCUUUAUAGGACACCCUUAAGUUCAGUUCUUUUGAACUUAUGACAUUUAAAGGCUAAAGACAGCCACAUGAUAUGAACUUUUAAGUGGAACUUUUUUAUAUUUUUUUACCUUUGUAUGAAAUUAAAAUUCUAAACUCUUUUAUCAUUGAGCAAGGGCUAUAACUCUUUUGUUCAAAUAAUUAGUCAAAUCAGAAUCCAGUUCAUAUGAAUUUCACAAGUACCAGUAAGAAAAUAAAAAAUCGUAUGAAAAGUUUUGAAUUUCACACAUAACAGUUAGAAAAUGAAAGAUAUUUGGAUUAAAGUUCGUUAUUUGUGAGACAAGAAAUGUUUGAAUGAAUAAUUGAAAAAGGGGAAGAUUUAGGAAAUGAGGAAGGCACUGUUUUUCCUAUUCAUUAUUUUUUAUCUGCUUUCUUCCAUGUUUUAUCAUGCUAUCAUUUUACAAACUGCAUUUUUGUCCAUAGCAACAAUUAAUUUAUAUAGUAACGGUUUAGAUGUUGUAUAUGCAUUUAGCUGAGGAGGACAUUAAUUAUUACAUUUAUUUGAUCAACAUCUUAUUUUUUAAUCAUUAUAUGAUGAAAUGAGGUAAAUAAUAAUUAUGUGUUAUUGUUGGUUUUUGUAAUCGUUAAAUAGAUUUGGCAAUCACUGAUAAUCAAACGGACCCCUGGAUUGUUGCACAUAUUGAAAUCAUGCAUUGCUUUACUUUUCUAAAGAGUCUUAGUAUAAUUUGAUGUUCAAAAAUUUGUUCCAAGGUAUAAACUUACUGUUUCAUACAUACAGGCUUAUUUAUCUCUUAUAUUUGAAUUUAAUUUUUUGGUUCCAAUUUUUUUUCUCUGGAAAUUUUGUUUUCAAAUUGUGACUAUUUUUUACUAUUUCAGUUUUCAAAAUAAUGACAAAAAGAGAAAAUCACAAAAAAAAAUGUCAUCCCCACCCAAUUGUUCAAAAUACUAGAUUAUAUUAAAACAGCCUUACUCAUAAUUUGUUUUUGCUCAUAAGUCAGUCACUGAAACUGAACACAGCUAACAUAUUUACAUGUUUAUUCAUCCAUGAAAGAUGUUGAGAAAAUAAUGUAUUAAAUUUGUCACUUAAUUAUUUCUCAUGUUUGUGUGUGUUUAUGAGCGGGAUAAGAAAUUGUUGUGUACAUAUUAAAACUCCUUUACGGAAUAGAAAAUAUUUUAUUGAUAACCUGUUAUUUGUGUGAAAAUUUGUUCUGCGAGAGGAUUUUUUUUUUUGACAUUCUUGAUGCAAAUUGUUUAUUAUUUCUAAAUGUAAAUAUGGUAAUCAACAGUAAAAAAGAUGAUGGCUGAUUUUUUGGCAAAUAGUCGAAAUUUUAUUUAAAAUAAAAUGCAUCUGAUAAAUAAACUCUUGACAAUUUUUUUUUUCAUCCGAUUUAUAAUUUUUCAUUAAGAAAAUUAUUAAGACAUAAAAUACUAGCUCCCAGUCUCUUUGGUUAUUGUGUUGCAACAUUUAAAAACUAAGGGAAUGAAUGCUAUAUUAAAUUAAAUGUGGAGUUGAAAGUGUGAUAUGUGAGUCCCUUUUAAAACAAAAAUGUUUUAACUUUCGGUACCAUAUAAACUCAUAGCAUUCUUCUUUAGUAUGAGGGAUGCCAUUGAUAUAUAGAAAAAACAUUUGUAGACAAAAUUUCUGUAAAAGAAGUUUAUGAUUGAAAAUAAUACAUGCAUACAUGUUAGGGUAUUAAACUAAUUUCUAAUUUAUUCCAUAAUGUAUUAAAAAUGUUUUUGUCAUAAUUCAAUUAAAAUUUGUACCAGUUUUGCUUGCAAUUUUGAUGAAGUUGACACCAUGAGACAGAAGUUCACUUGAAUUGUGACUAUACAAAAAUUCUGGUAAAUUUAUAAUCAUAAAAAAAACUGCUUGGAUUUGUAAAAAGGAAGCUUAAUCUUAUUUUUUUUAAGUUUAGAGAAAAAAAUUAUGGACAAAUUUUAAUUGAAUGCUGACAGAAGCAUAGUUGAUGGGUCAGUAUUUUGUUUGACCUAUCUUGCCAUUAUUAUAUCAAAACCAUGUUAAAAAGAAAGAGUGUGUGAUAGAAAACUUAUCUGCUGUUGGUGUUCAUAAUCAUCCAAUCAAAUUAUGUGUUACAUGAUGCUUCAGCUAAUGGUAAACAGGUUUAUAAAAAAUUAUCAGCCAAUCAUAGAAUAGCUUACAGAUUUGUUAAGCAAGUGAAAUUUGGUUCAUAGCCAAUCAUGAACAGGCUUACAGAUGCUUGUAAAAAUAAGGUUAAUCAUAACAUGGCUUAUAAAUUUGUCAUUCAAACAUAGUUCUUCAAAACACAGUGAGGUUUUUCACAUAAUGAAAAAAAUGGCACUAGUUCUCCCCAAUAUUUUAAAAUGUUUAUGAUCAUUGUAUAUUUAUAUCUGGACACAGUGCAUAAUAUGCAGUCUUAUAAUUGAUUUUGCUAGUAUCUGUCAUUAUACGGUGCUUUCUGGUUGUUAGAUUAACCACAGUGAAAAAUCAUUUAUAAAACUUGUUGCUGAUUUUGAAAUCUGUACUGGUUCUGUGAAAGUACUUCUCUUUCGUGGAUUUAUAAAUUCAUAAAUUUCAUGAUUCUGCCAAAUGAUUUUUAUGAAUUUUAUUUUUUGUGCUAAAUUAGUGGAUAGCCUUUUUUAACCAGAUAAUAUUAAAGAGUAGUUUAAGAUGAGAAUUAAUUUUUUUUACAAUGGAAUUCAAUGUCAAACAACUUUUGAUAUGUACGACUGUCUCAGAAACAAGUAUGAAAGGGGAAGCAAAGGCACUUUUCAAAACCAGGAAAGGUAGUAUUUCAGUUAUCUUUCCUUUAAGCAAGUGAAAAUUGGUCCAGUUAUGACAAGAUUUGAAAUUAAUAAGUAAGAAUUGUCCUUCUUAGAUUAGCAUGUUCAGUGGAGAGAUAGCUUACUAGGAAAAGGUGCCUUUUGUUUUUUUAUCCCACUUCUCUGCUCUAUAAUUAGCAUCAGACAAUGUAUAAUACACGGUAGUAUAUAUCAUAUGCACCUGUUUCAUAAGUUUCACUUUGACAGUUGUUUAAUGUAUAUAUUUCUUUGUUUAAGAAAUGUACAUAUCUAAUAAUAGUAUUGUUUAUGUAGACAUUGUGAUGUUGGCUCAGGAAGAAGGGGAGGGGUCUUAAUAAAGGGAGGUAAUUCUUCAUUACUUUGAAAAUUUCAGUUAAAAAUAAUGAAAAAGAUAAAAAGAAAUUAAGUUUUCUGUUUUUAUUUUUAUUUUAUCACAACUUUGGUAACAUUAACCGUAAUAUUUUUUCUUAACCAGAUAAGAUUAUAAAAAAAAAACGUUUACCUCUUUUGGUCAAUCUGUAUAAAAUUUCAGUGCCCCUUUUUCUUUGUGCCUUCCAUGGAGUUGAACAUUCAAACGAAACCCCUAUUUCCUGAGCAGGAACUUGAGACAUGACUAAUCAACAGGGAUCUUCUAAUAUUUAUGCUGUACAUUUUGUUAAAGAAUAGUAAUCUUUAUUCUUGAUACUUUAUAAUUUUUGUUUGUUGCAGAAAUUUUAUCAAAUUGUAGAUUUAUUGAAUUGUAAUAUUUAAAAUGAAUUUUAGUUUAUAACAUGCUAUUGCAUCAGAGUAAUUUUCAACUUUAAAUUAGUUAUGUUUAUAUUUUACCAGAAUGAAAAUGGUAGCAUCAGUAUUUAUUUUUUGCAAAGCAGAAAAAGAGUUGCAUUCAGAUUUGUUAUACAAAUCAAGAUAAUGUUCAAUUAAAAUCCAUCUUCCAAUUUAUGUUCAUUCCAAUCAUGUUUCAUUUUUACUGAAACAAUAGUUCCUGAAUUCAAACCACUCCUGUCCAGGGGAUUUGUCUUGAAAUUUUCACAAAGAACUCAUUCAGAAUUUGACUAGUACUUAAAAACUUGUCCAAGUGGGUCCCAUUCAAUGUCAGUUAUUAUGCAGUUUAUAGAACAUUCUUCACUAACUGCUGGUAUUAAGCAGACAGCAAUAUUACUUCUCUUGACCACAAUGACCUGAAUAAGAUUUCUGAUGAACAUGAAUUGGAAGAUGCUUUAUCCUUAGGAUUUGUUGCUAAUUCAUUGAAAUUGGAAAAUUAAAAUAAGAUUGCUUUUUUCGUUAGCUUUUAUGUUUGCUGGAAACAAUAUUAUAUGUCAAAUUAGAUAUAUUUACACAAUGACUUCAAUCUUUAAAAAGUCUUAGAAAUAUCGUUGUAAUACUGAAUAUUCAUACUUUGUAAUACUGAAUAUUCAUACUUUGUAAUACUGAAUAUUCAUACUUUGUAAUACUGAAUAUUCAUACCUAAUGCAUACUAACAUUUAUUAUAUUUAGAAUAUUGUGGAGAACAUAUCUAUGUACACAAAUAUUUGACAUUCAUAUUGCAUUCUGUUCACAACAAUUUUUUGGCAUUACCUGAUCUUCAGAAAUACACAAAAUAAAGACAUCAUCAUUAAA